AUGUUUUCUACCCAGCAAAGAUUGCUACUUACAGGCAUUAGAAAGACUCUCUUUUGGUUCUUUGUGAUUCUGGCAAUGCUUUAUGUUGUCUACUCUUCUCAUCUUCUCUUGAACAAUGAUCGCCAAUGCAUUACAAAGGAAGAAAAUCUUAAAUUACUCAACAACAUGUCAACAUCAACCCACCUCAAUGAUGAACAAGCAAAUAACUCUUUAGAACCUAUUCUACUUCCUCAGAAGGCACAGACUUACGAUACAGAGCUGAAGCACAUUGUUUUUGGCAUAGCAGCUUCUGCAAAUCUGUGGGAGAAGAGAAAGGAGUAUGUGAAAACAUGGUGGAGGCCUAAAGAGACUAGAGGGAUUGUUUGGAUGGAUAGAAGGGUAAGGACUAGAAGAAAUGAAGGCUUGCCUGAGAUAAGAGUCUCUGCAGACACCUCAAAGUUUAAGUACACCAAUAGGCAAGGGCAUAGAUCUGCAAUAAGGAUUUCAAGGGUGGUUUCAGAGGCCUUGAGGCUUGGUUUGAAGGACGUCAGAUGGUUUGUUAUGGGAGAUGAUGAUACUGUGUUCGUUGUUGAUAAUGUGGUAAGGAUCCUGUCAAAAUAUGAUCACAGGCAAUUUUAUUAUGUUGGUAGCUCCUCGGAGAGUCACCUUCAGAAUAUAUAUUUCUCUUAUUCUAUGGCUUAUGGAGGUGGUGGAUUCGCUAUAAGCUAUCCACUGGCACAAGAAUUGGCUAAGAUGCAAGACAAGUGUAUCCAGAGAUAUCCUGGAUUGUAUGGCAGCGAUGAUAGAAUUCAGGCUUGCAUGGCUGAGCUUGGGGUGCCACUCACCAAGGAACCAGGGUUUCAUCAGUAUGAUGUAUAUGGGGACCUUUUAGGCCUUCUGGGAGCCCAUCCUGUGACUCCGUUGGCAUCACUACAUCACCUUGAUGUAGUGGAGCCAAUAUUCCCUGGCAUGACAAGAGCUAAAGCUGUCCAACACCUAUUCAAAUCCAUCAGGCUUGAUUCAGGUAGCAUAAUGCAGCAAUCUAUCUGCUAUGACAGCAAAAGGUAUUGGUCUAUCUCCGUCUCAUGGGGCUUUGUUGUUCAAAUAUGGAGGGGAGUGAUCUCUCCUAGAGAACUUGAGAUGCCCACUAGAACCUUUCUGAAUUGGUAUCGAAAAGCUGAUUAUACUGCAUAUGCAUUCAACACAAGGCCUGUGACGAAGCACCCAUGUCUCAAACCCUUUAUCUUUUACAUGAGCACUUCUAAAUAUGAUCGACCUAAGAAGCAAACAGUUGGGGUUUACUAUCGCCAUAAAUCUCACUCUCCUUUUUGCCGGUGGAGAAUGGAAUCCCCAGAAAAAAUUUCUUCUGUUGUAGUAUUGAAGAGGCCAGAUAGUCUUCGUUGGCAGCAGUCAACAAGAAGGGAUUGUUGCAGAGUUCUGCCAACAAAUAGAUCUUCAACUUUGUACUUGUGGGUAGGCAAUUGCCGAAGGGGUGAGAUUAGUGAAUUGCAGCAGCAAUAA